UAGAGUUCAUGAAGUAAUAAAAACAAUGCAGUGUUGAUUAUUUGUUGAAUACAAAUACGGAUAUUUCUUCCCAUAAAGGGAGGACAUUUCUUCUCAAACGUUUACGUUAAAGUCGAUGUUGAUGCGAACAUGGGGCGUCAUCUACAUGUCAUACUCUGCAUUCUGAUUGUGCUCGGAGGCGUUCACGCGCUGCCUCAACCUAAGGUUACCGAGUGUCGGUCCAUGAUGGACCUGGUGUUGGUGGUGGACGGCUCGGACAGUAUCACGGCGGCCGAUUACCAAAAACAACGAGAGGCGCUCACGGACCUCGCUAGGCAUCUUCACCUGGGACCCAGGGAGGCACGCAUGGGACUGGUAGUUUACAGCUCAUCAAUUGCUCAGAAAGUUCCUCUGACCGAUGACAGAAACGUAUUGCUUCACGAGACGACAAACCUGAUCCAUCCCCGGGACGGAACGAACACCGCCCUCGGCAUAGCAACAAUGAGACAAUUGUUCAACGAGACGGGACGCCCCGAGUUACCAUGGGUAUGCAUCGUGAUCACGGACGGGCUGAGCAAAGACCCGCCCCUAACCAAGAUGGAGGCCACGCUCGCUAAGGAGAUGGGUAUCAACAUGUUCGCCGUCGGUAUAUCCCAUUUUAUAGCGGAGGAUGAGCUCAAGAACAUUGCCUCGACCCCGGAACAAUUCAUGAUGCUGAAAACCUUCGAUCAGCUGCUUACCUCGCUACAGAAGCUCAUGAAAGUCGUCUGCCCCUGCCCUCCACCUCCGGUCGUUCCCUUCGGGUUUACAGACGACGGUCCACGCUCUAUUGGGUCUGUGCGGACGUACGGGUGUGAACCCGGGUACCAGGCGAUCGGAGACCCGACCAUUACAUGCACGCCGAUGUCCAUCUGGUCCCCACUGAAGUUUUCGUGUCUAGCCUGCCCCGACCCGCCUGUAGAGUUCGGUAAUGGCGUCGUUAUACAGGGCCUUAACCUGCUUGGGUCGGUGCGAGAGUACAAGUGCCGAGAUGGGUUCGCUUCCUCAGAGCCUUUAAUCAGCACGUGUGUGGCCGGGCCCGAGGGUCCGUCCUGGACCACACCAAUCGCCAUGUGCUCAGCUUGCUAUGCGCCAGCUAUCCCGAAGAACGCGCAUCUGCCGGUUCCGGUUACCUCGGGCCAAGUGGGUCAAGUGGUACAGUUCCAGUGCGUGCCGGGCUUCAUUCCCACUGGGCCCGUGGAGACGACCUGCAUCAACAACAAAGGGGUACCAAUGUGGUCCAAUCCCGUGCACAAGUGCAUCGCGUGCGGCCCUCCGCCAAAGGUUGAUUUCAUGGUGGUAAGCCCGGAGGGUGGACAGCUGGUGAACAGUAUCCGUCUUUACAAGUGUAUCCCCGGCUUUCACCCCACUGGGCCCAUCGAGGCGAUAUGCGUGGGAGACAAGGGCGCCACUUACUGGAGGUUCAACGGCAACAAGUGUAUACCUUGUGACAAUCCCCCAAAACUGCCUAACGCCUUGCUGCUGGUCCCCGGUGACAAUCUGGUGGGCACAAUACGCGAAUACCAGUGCCUCAAGGGGUUCCAGCCCACCGGUCCCAUUAAGGUCAUAUGCGAGGCCGCAAACGGCAACGUCCCAAUCUGGACCGGGCCCGAGCAUCAGUGCGUCGCCUGCAUAGCUCCGCCGUUGAUCCAAAACGCCAUCCUGGAUCCGUUGGGAGACACGUUGGUGGGCAGCGUGCGGCGGUACCAGUGUAUGAAGGGUUUCGUGGCGACGGGGCCCAUAGAGGUGGGCUGCAUCACUAGCACCGGGGGGCCAAUGUGGACCGCGCCCGAGAACACAUGCAUUACUUGCACCAAUCCUCCGAUCCUUCCUAACGCUAUCCUCGACCUCAAAGGCGACAACUUCGUUGGCAACCAGCGCUACUACUCGUGCAUGGAAGGGUUCGUACCCACUGUGGCAGGCCCGAUCGUCAUCGAGUGUCUAGCGGAAGUGAUGGAGGGAAAGGGGCGAGCAUUCUGGGGACCACCGUCCCACUUUUGUAUUGCCUGCCCGGACCCGCCUCCGUUGAACUUCGCCCUGCUGGAGAUGGGCGGCUCGAACCUGGUGGGCAGUUCCCGAAAAUACGUCUGUGACAACGAUCACUUCGCAACCGGCCCGAUCAUAAUCACCUGCCUUCCCAGCGGACAGUGGUCAGUUCCCGAACACUCGUGCCUCGCUUGCGGCCCGGUCCCCAAGGUGGCUUACGCGGAUGUGUUACCGGGAAUGCACACUAUUGGCUCGGUGCGCGAGUACGUCUGCCGUCCCGGCUACGUGCCCAGUCAGAAACCAAUCAUCGAGUGUAUACCAGGACCCGCGUGGACACCCGUAGAGUUUGCAUGCGUCGCCUGCCCCGACCCCUACCCAGCUAAGUACGCGGUACUUGAGCCCGGAGACAACCUGGUGGGCUCGGUACGACGGUACACGUGCUUACCCGGCUACCUUAACACAGGGGACAUCACAUCCACGUGCGCCGUGCCACAGGCGAUAACUGCAGGACCAUCAGUUGUCGUCCCUGACUGGUCGACACCAGUGCACUUCUGUAAAGAUUGUGGGGAACCAUUCAUUGUUCCCAAUGCGCAAGCCAUACCUGCAACUAAAACCAUCGGAAGUCAGAUCAGCUACGUUUGCGACAAAGGAUAUGUCCCGUCCGCGCCACCAUAUUCUUUCUGCAUGCAGAAUGCUGAAUGGUCACCUCCAGAAUUUAAGUGCAUCGUUUGCAGCGCGCCGCCUAACGUGGAAUACGCCACGGUUGACGGCGUCGGCGAUGUUCUCGUCGGAAGUCGGCGCGCAUACACGUGUCAGAUUGGUUACGUGCCUACGGGACCUGUUGAAGUCACGUGUUUGCCGGCGCCGGGUGGCGAAGAUAAGUAUCUCCAACCGGUAUGGAUAAUGGAGGUGAAAAACAGGUGCAUAGACUGCGGAAGACCGCCGGAUGUAGCGAACGCUUACUCAAACAUGGGCCCGGUGACCGUUGGCUCAGUCCGCAAGUACGCAUGCGCCGAGGGUUACGAUCUCGUCGGACAAGACGUGAUCACGUGCUUGGGCACUGGACUGUGGUCAAAACCUGAGUUUAUGUGCGCUCUUCGUACAACAACAACUUCCACAACUCCCGCCCCCGUAAAGAAUAACCCUUCUGUUUGCGACGAUUGCCGCAUGUUAAAUGGUGUCGGAUACAUUAACCACCCACUGGAUUGCUCCCAGUUCGUACAGUGCUUCUACAGCGCCCAUGGAGGCAUAGAGGCGGUGUACAAGCCGUGCUCGUUUGGUCAGUUCUGGGACCAGUCCAUGCUUACGUGCAGACCCGCAGGGGACGUCGACUGCCCGAAAGACCGGUGUCUAGACCCAAGACUCCACUCAUAUAAGCACCAUGACAGCCGGAAGUGCUGCGCCUACUGGGAGUGCCAGAACGGCCGCUCGGUGCCUAAGUGCUGCGGGGAGAAUUACCGAUAUGUGGGCGGCAAGGGCUGCGAGUACGAUCCUACCUGUGAGUCUGAAUGUCCAUGGGAGGACAUGUUUCCGGAAUGCGAUAAGCGUCCGUUGGUUGAUAUUUCGUCAUACGAGCAGCACAUUGGUGACGGUUUCUGGUUACGGAUGCCGUGCGCUCCCGGAACCGCCUUCAACGUCCUGGACUGCGACUGCACGCUGCACAUCGGCAUAGUACCAGGAUAUGUGUGCCGCCCUGAGCUCCUUAUCAACUUUGACGAGAACAGCAAAACACUGGACAAGUCCGGUAAAAACGUUUACGUUAUCAACGAAGGGGUCGUUCCCUGGCAGGGCGGCGGAUUCUUCAACGGAAGUUCCCGCCUCCUUAUUAACCGCUUUUCCAACACCGCCUUCCACGGAGACCUUGUGAUCAAGUUUAGAUACAAGGAGAAACUCGACGUCCCUACGGGCAAAUCUCUUCAGGCGCUUGUUACAAACGGUGACUGCGGAGACGACCCAUCGAUCAUCAUUGCCAAGAUGCCGGGCUUCGUGCUGUGCGGGGCAAAGACUAACGUGCCCAAGUCCUUCGCCCUCCCCACCAUUGACAAAGAAUGGAAGGAAGUGAUCUACAUCCACAACGAACAGAAACUGGAGGGGAAAGUGUGCGGUGCUUCAUACAACAAAUGGUCGCUAGGUCCCAUACAAGCAACUCAUUGCGGAUUGCAGAUUGGAUAUGGAACGAAACUUGCCAACUUUGUGGGUCUUAUGGACGAUAUUUCCGUCUAUCAAUGCCGCCCACCGGAAGACGUGAUCAACGUGUACGGCGGACGUCUGCCGCAAGUACCAAUCGCUAUGACGGUCCACUAACACGAUGUCUGGAUUCUUCGACAACGACGUAAUCAACAAAUAUAUACCUCGUGCUUACUGUUAACGUUCCCGUAAAUGUGAAGUCAUGACUGCUUAACUCUUGGCAGCUACAAACUUGCAUGGUCGUCUUACUAUUUUUCGUUAACAAAUUGUAAGAUAACGAAAGCUUUUAAACUCGAUCGUUUUGUCUGCAGAUAAAGCAAACACAUUUUUAAGAUUGAAUAACCCUACUUUCUUUAGAUAAUGAUAUGUAAGAGUCUGCUUAAACUUGCAAAGGACAUGUGUCAUGUUUAUCCAUUUCAAAAUAAUGGCAGUGGAAGAUGAUACUAUUAUACAAAAAUACAUAAAUAAACAGCAUGUUUACAAGUAUUGGUUGCUUCCUUUAUUUAAAUAACAAAACAACUAGUGAACGUGAGGAACUCAUAUGAAGGUAAAUUAAGCUUUUUACUAAAUGAUGUAUCAGCAAAGCAGUAGGCUUUUCGCGAAUUGUUUUUUUGAAACCAGCAUGUUUGCCAAGGCACUGUAGGCGUUCGAUACUGGUGGAAGUGCGAGCU